AUGGUGUGUGGAGCUGAGAAGAAGAGGCAGCUACACAGAGGGGGUAGUGGGGAUUAUGGGCAUGAUGAUGUUGAAGGGCGUGGUGGUGUUCAUGUGUGGAUUUUUGCUGAGAAGACGCAACAGUUGCUCCUAGUCCAACGCCAUCAUCACUUCCAGGGCCUGUGGGACGCCUCCACUGCUGCAAUAAUAAUAUCUCCUCAUUCACCUCUUACAACUGCCAGAAGGAAGCUCCAGCAAGAGUUAGGCGUAACACUUGCCGAAGAUGGAUUCGAAUUUAUAUUUUCCUUCCUCCAACAAGAAAGGAAUAAUGGAGGAAAAGAGAUUAAUAAUGAUGUGUAUUUGGUAACAACUAUUGAUCCAAUACCUCUAGAGGCCUUUACUCUGCAGAGGGAAAAUGUUUCUGCUGUUAAAUAUGUCACUUACCAAGAGUAUGAAAGUUUACUGGCCAAAAAUGAUCCACACUAUGUUCCUUAUGAUGUUCAUGGACAAUACGCUCAGCUCUUUGAAAUAAUUACAAAGAGGUACCAAGAGAACACUGUUGCCCGCACUUUAGCACUACAAAAGCAACUGAAUCGUUAUGCUCCUAUUUCCCUCAAUGCAGAGUUGACAGGGCUUUCGGAUUCAGAUAAAGAUGCUCUUGCUUUAAUUGUGAAAGCAGCAGCAGUAAUCGAUGAAGUUUUUUAUGUGCAGUCUUGGUACAGUAAUCCAGAUCUGAGAGAAUGGUUGAAGGAGCAUGCUGAUGAAUCAGAGUUAAAUAAGCUGAAGUGGUCCUAUUAUAAGAUUAACAAGAGCCCCUGGUCUAGCCUUGACAAGGAUGAAGCAUUUUUGACAAGUGCAGAUUCGGCAAUAAAAGUUCUUCCUAAUGCAACUACUAAGACAGUUACAGCAUGGAAGGGUCUGGAAUACAGAGCUGCAUUUCCCGUGCAAAAACCACUUUGUGCUAAUUUCUACCCCCAAGACAUGGACAAAAAGGAGUUUGAAACGUGGAAGGGGAAUCUGGAUAAGGAUCAACAGAAAGAGGCAACGGGCUUUUUCAGCGUUAUUAAAAGGCACAGUAACAGUGAUGAUGAUAAUGAUUUACAUGUGGUUCCUUACUCUCAAGAGUAUAAGUCUCUUCUUGCAAAAGCUGCGGAUUUAUUACAUAAAGCUGGGGACAUUACCACUUCACCAAGUUUGAAGAAGCUGCUGCAUGCUAAGGCUGAUGCUUUCCUUUCAAAUGAUUAUUAUGAAUCGGAUAUUGCUUGGAUGGACCUGGACUCUAAGUUGGAUGUCACAAUUGGGCCAUAUGAAACUUAUGAGGAUAAACUUUUUGGAUAUAAGGCUACAUUCGAAGCGUUUAUUGGAAUAAGAGACGAUAAAGCAACUGCUCAACUGAAACUCUUUGGUGAUAGUAUGCAGCUUCUGGAACAAAAUCUCCCGAUGGACAAUGCUUACAAAUCAGAAGAUGUGAGUGCAGCACCGAUCCGUGUUAUCCAGCUUAUAUAUAAUGCAGGGGAUGUCAAGGGACCGCAAAUUGUUGCUUUCAAUCUACCGAAUGAUGAGCGUAUUGUAAAAGAACGCGGAACAUCUAUGGUUAUGCUUAAGAAUGUUCAAGAGGCUAAGUUUGAGCGCAUUCUUAUGCCAAUAGCUGAACUCUGUGUUGCCAAGGAACAACAAGAGCUUGUAGAUUUUGAAUCAUUUUUCACGCAUACUAUCUGCCAUGAAUGUGUGCAUGGGAUUGGACCUCAUACCAUAACACUUCCAAAUGGUCAGAAGUCUACUGUGAGAUUGGAAUUGCAAGAAUUCUACUCAGCAAUAGAAGAAGCAAAAGCUGAUAUAGUAGGCCUAUGGGCAUUGAGGUUCUUGAUCUCCAAGGGGCUGCUCUCUGAAAGUCUAGUGAAGACUAUGUAUGUUUCUUUUCUGGCUGGAUGCUUCCGGUCAGUGCGUUUUGGAUUAGAAGAGGCUCACGGGAAAGGACAGGCAUUGCAGUUCAACUGGAUUCACGAGAAAGGAGGGUUUGUGGUGCACUCGGAUGAAACCGUUUCUGUUGAGUUUUCAAAGAUUGAAGAUGCAGUUGAAAGCCUGAGCAGGGAGAUACUCACCAUACAAGCCAAAGGUGAUAAAGAGGCUGCGGCUUCGCUUCUCGACAAGUACGGUGUGAUUACGGAGCCACUCAAAGUUGCUCUCAAAAACUUGGAGACAGUUGAGGUCCCUGUUGACAUAGUUCCCAACUUUCCCAUUCUCGCCCAAAUAUAAAAACAUUGCACUCAUCAUCAUACACCAACCAAGCAAGUUCAUCUUUCCUUUCUUGUUGAUUCAUCGUAAUAAGGAUCCAGGCA